UGUUUAAAUGAACAUUAUAUAGAUGGUGAAUAUGACUGAUCUUUCUUUGCUGUACCUCCCCGUAGUUUCUAAAAUACUUAAUUCUGACUUGUUUAUGCCUUUGUACGGAUUGUUGGCUAUGUUGAAUUGUCUACACCAGUCCAUUUCAGACCUCACUCACUACGGGUCCCUAUUUCUCCCUUUGGUUUCUCCUUGUGUAGGGCAAAGUCUGUGAAAUUUUGAACUUGGAAGUAGGAAAGAGAAUGGUAAGGUGAAUCUUCCUGCUAUUGAGAGGCAGCAUAUUGUAGAAGUUAAAUUGUUCGUUGGGUCUGGAGCCAAACUGUCUGGGUUCAAAUGCUGGUUCCAUCACUUACUAGUGGUAUGACCUUGGGCAAGUUACUUAACCUUUCUGUGCCUCAGUUUCCUCAUUUGUAAUGUGAGUGAGUAGGGUGAAGAUUAAAGGACUUCAUUGGAUGACAGGCUUUGAACAGUGCCCAGCAUGUGAGUUCCAUUUUAGUUGCUGUUUAUAAUCAUUAUAAAGAAGAACACUGAACUUUGAAAAAAAUGUUAGAAACUAUAGACAAAAAUCGGACCCUGCAGGCAGCAGAGCGCUUGCAAGCCAAGCUGCGAGAACGUGGGGAUGUAGCAAAUGAAGACAAACUGAACCUUCUGAAGUCAGUUUUGCAGAGCCCUCUCUUCAGUCAGAUUCUGAACCUUCAGACUUCUGUGCAGCAGCUGAAAGACCAGGUAAACACUGCAACUUCGGCAAGUUCAAGUGUCGAAUAUGCCCACGUUCCACAUCUCAACCCAGCUGUAAUUCCUACUCUGCAAAAUGAGUCAUUUUUAUCAUCCCCAAAUAAUGGGAAUCUGGAAGCACUUACAGGAUUGAGUAUUCCACACAUCAAUGGGAAACCUGCUUGUGAUGAAUUUGAUCAACUGAUCAAAAACAUGGCCCAGGGUCGCCACGUGGAGGUUUUUGAGCUCCUCAAGCCUCCCUGUGGAGGCCUUGGGUUUAGUGUUGUGGGCCUGAGGAGUGAGAACCGGGGAGAACUGGGCAUAUUUGUGCAGGAGAUCCAGGAGGGCAGUGUGGCUCACAGAGAUGGAAGAUUGAAGGAAACUGAUCAAAUCCUUGCUAUCAAUGGACAGGCGCUUGAUCAGACAAUUACACAUCAGCAGGCUAUCAGCAUCCUGCAGAAAGCCAAAGAUAAUGUCCAGCUAGUUAUUGCCAGAGGCUCAUUGCCUCAACUUAUCAGCCCCAUAGUUUCCCGUUCUCCAUCUGUGACCAGCACAAUUUCAGCUCACUCUAAUCCGGUUCACUGGCAGCAUGUGGAGACUGUUGAAUUGGUGAAUGAUGGAUCCGGUCUGGGAUUUGGCAUUGUAGGAGGAAAAGCAACUGGUGUGAUAGUAAAAACCAUUCUGCCUGGAGGAGUAGCUGACCAGCAUGGACGAUUAUGCAGUGGAGACCACAUUCUAAAGAUUGGUGAUACAGAUCUAGCAGGAAUGAGCAGUGAGCAAGUAGCCCAAGUCCUCAGGCAAUGUGGAAAUAGAGUUAAAUUGAUGAUUGCGAGAGGUGCCAUAGAAGAACCAACAGCACCCACCUCUUUGGGCAUCACCCUUUCUUCAUCCCCAUCAUCUACGCCAGAGAUGCGGGUUGAUGCUUCUACUCAAAAAAAUGAAGAAAGUGAGACAUUUGAUGUAGAACUCACUAAAAAUGUCCAAGGAUUGGGAAUUACCAUUGCUGGUUAUAUUGGAGAUAAAAAAUUAGAACCUUCAGGAAUCUUUGUAAAGAGCAUUACAAAGAGCAGUGCUGUGGAACAUGAUGGAAGAAUCCAAAUUGGAGACCAAAUUAUAGCAGUGGAUGGCACAAACCUUCAGGGUUUUACCAAUCAGCAAGCAGUAGAGGUGUUGCGACACACAGGGCAAACUGUGCACCUGACACUAAUGAGGAGAGGAACAAAGCAGGAAGCCGAGCUCAUGGCACAGGAGGAUGUCACAAAAGACACAACCUUGACUCCUGUUAAUGCCAGCAUAAGCAAGGAAAAUUAUGAAAAAGAUGAAGAUUCUUUAUCUUUGAGGAGAAACACCAGCAUAUUACCAAUUGAAGAAGAAGAGUAUCCCUUGCUGUCAGCUGAGACAGAAGAAAUAGAAGAUGCACAACAACAGGAAGCUGCCCUGCUGACCAAGUGGCAAAGCAUUAUGGGAAUUAAUUAUGAAAUAGUGGUGGCGCAUGUGAGCAAGUUCAGUGAGAACAGUGGGUUGGGGAUAAGUCUGGAAGCAACAGUGGGACAUCAUUUUAUCCGAUCUGUUCUACCAGAAGGUCCUGUUGGACACAGUGGGAAGCUUUUCAGUGGAGAUGAGCUAUUGGAAGUGAAUGGCAUAACUUUGCUUGGGGAAAAUCACCAAGAUGUGGUGAAUAUUUUAAAGGAACUGCCUAUAGAAGUGACAAUGGUGUGCUGUCGUCGAACUGUGCCAUCCACCACCCAGUCUGAAUUGGAUAGCCUGGACCUAUGUGAUAUUGAACUAACAGACAAGCCUCACAUAGAUCUAGGUGAGUUCAUCGGGUCCUCGGAGACAGAGGAUCCUGUGCUGGCAAUGACUGACGUGGGCCAGAAUGCAGAGGAGGUACAAGGACCUUUGGCCAUGUGGGAGGCGGACAUUCAGCACAUCGAGCUGGAGAAAGGGAGCAAAGGACUUGGUUUUAGCAUUUUAGAUUAUCAGGAUCCAGUUGAUCCAGCGAGCACUGUGAUCGUAAUUCGUUCUUUGGUGCCUGGUGGCAUUGCUGAAAAGGAUGGACGACUUCUUCCUGGAGAUCGACUCAUGUUUGUCAAUGAUGUUAACCUGGAAAACAGUAGUCUUGAAGAAGCUGUGCAGGCGCUGAAGGGUGCUCCAUCAGGAACCGUGAGGAUAGGAGUUGCCAAGCCUUUACCACUUUCACCAGAAGAAGGUUAUGUUUCUGCUAAGGAGGAUUCCUUUCUCUACCCGCCACACUCCUGCGAGGAGGAAGGGCUGGAUGACAAAGCCCUCUUCAGGGCUGACUUGGCUCUGGUGGACACCAAUGACGCCAACUUAGCAGAUGAAUCUACAUUUGAGUCUCAGUACUCUCCUGAUAAUGACAGUAUCUACUCCACUCAACCCUCUAUUUUAUCUCUUCAUGGCAGUGCUUGUAGUGAUGGCCUGAACUAUGGUCCCUCCCUUCCAACUUCUCCUCCCAAGGAUGUUACUGAAAAUUCUUCAGAUCCGGUACUUGAUCUGCAUAUGUCCUUGGAGGAGCUAUAUGCCCAGAAUCUCCUGCAAAGACAGGAUGAGAGUCCACCUUCAGUAGACUUGAGCAUGGGGCCUACUUCUGGCUUUACCAUAAAUGAUUAUACACCUGCAAAUGCUGUUGAACGACAAUACGAAUGUGAAAACACAAGAGCGUGGACUGAUUCUCACCUACCAAAUGAAGUUAUAUCAAGUGGAGAACUCACUUCUGUGCUCCCUGAUGCAGCUGGAAAGGACUCCGAGUUCUUAAUUCAGCAGAGCUCUCUUGCCUCUACUGCCGAGUGUGUCAUGUUCCAAAAUAUGUCCAAAGAAUCUUUUGAGAGGACUAUUACUAUAGCAAAAGGCAAUUCUAGCCUAGGGAUGACAGUAAGUGCUAAUAAAGAUGGCUUGGGGAUGAUUGUUCGAAGCAUUAUCCAUGGAGGUGCCAUUAGUCGAGAUGGCCAGAUUGCUGUUGGGGACUGCAUCUUGUCUAUUAAUGAAGAAUCUACUAUCAGUUUAACCAAUGCCCAGGCGCGAGCCAUGCUGAGAAGACAUUCUCUCAUUGGGCCUGACAUAAAAAUUACCUAUGUGCCUGCAGAGCAUUUGGAAGAGUUCAGAAUGAGCUUAGGACAACAAUCUGGAGGACUAAUGGCACUGGAUAUUUUUUCUUCAUACACUGGCAGAGACAUUCCAGAACUACCAGAGCGAGAAGAAGGAGAAGGAGAAGAAAGUGAACUUCAGAAUGCAGUAUACAGCAAUUGGAAUCAGCCCAGGCGGGUUGAACUUUGGAGAGAACCAAGCAAAUCCUUGGGCAUCAGCAUUGUUGGCGGACGAGGGAUGGGGAGUCGUCUAAGCAACGGUGAAGUGAUGAGGGGCAUUUUCAUCAAACAUGUUCUAGAAGAUAGUCCAGCUGGCAAAAAUGGAACCUUGAAACCUGGAGAUAGAGUCGUAGAGGUGGAUGGAAUGGACCUCAGAGAUGCAAGCCAUGAACAAGCUGUGGAAGCCAUUCGGAAAGCAGGCAACCCCGUAGUCUUUAUGGUACAGAGCAUUAUAAACAGAACAAGGAAAUCCCCUUUGCCUUCCUUGCCGCACAACCUUUACCCUAAGUCCACCUUCAGCAGCACUAACCCAUUUGCUGAUUCUCUGCAGUUCAACGCUGACAAGGCACCCAGUCAGUCAGAAUCAGAGCCAGAAAAGGCUCCAUUGUGCAGUGUGCCUCCACCCCCUCCCUCAGCAUUUGCAGAAAUGAGUGGUGAUCGUGCACAGUCAUCUGCGAGCAAAAUCUCAGAAGAGGUGGACAAAGAGGAUGAGUUUGGUUACAGCUGGAAAAACAUCAGAGAGCGUUAUGGAACUCUAACAGGCGAGCUACAUAUGAUUGAACUGGAGAAAGGUCGUAGUGGUUUGGGUCUAAGUCUUGCUGGGAACAAAGACCGAUCCAGGAUGAGUGUCUUUAUAGUGGGGAUUGAUCCAAAUGGAGCAGCUGGGAAAGAUGGUCGAUUGCAGAUUGCAGAUGAGCUUCUAGAGAUCAAUGGUCAGAUUUUAUAUGGAAGAAGUCAUCAGAAUGCUUCAUCAAUCAUUAAAUGUGCUCCUUCUAAAGUAAAAAUAAUUUUUAUCAGAAAUAAAGAUGCAGUGAGUCAGAUGGCCGUAUGUCCUGGAAAUACAGUAGAACCUUUGUCUUCUGCCUCAGAAAAUCUACAAAAUAAGGAGGCUGAACCAAGUGUUACUGCUUGCGAUGCAGCUGUGGACCUCAGUUCGUUUAAAAACGUGCGAUAUCUGGAGCUUCCCAAGGAUCAAGGGGGUUUGGGUAUUGCUAUCAGUGAGGAAGAUACACUCAGUGGAGUCAUCAUAAAGAGUCUCACAGAGCACGGGGUAGCAGCCAAGGAUGGACGGCUCAAAGUUGGAGAUCAGAUCUUGGCUAUAGAUGAUGAAGUUGUUGUUGGCUAUCCUGUUGAAAAGUUUAUUAGCCUUUUGAAAACAGCGAAGACGACAGUGAAACUUACCAUUUGUGCUGAGAAUCCAGAUUCCCAGGCACAUGCUUCAGCAGCUGGUACACCCAGUGGAGAAACGAAGAACAGCUCCCAGUCUCCGAUGGUCCCACCGUCUGACUCCCCAGACCCAGAGCCCAUCCGAAGUACAAGCAGGUCAUCUACACCAGCGAUCUUUGCUUCUGAUCCUGCAACCUGCCCCAUUAUCCCAGGCUGCGAAACAACAAUUGAGAUAUCCAAAGGGCGAACGGGGCUAGGCCUGAGCAUCGUUGGGGGUUCUGACACACUGCUGGGUGCCAUUAUUAUCCAUGAAGUUUAUGAAGAAGGGGCAGCGUGUAAAGACGGAAGACUCUGGGCUGGAGAUCAGAUUUUAGAGGUGAAUGGAAUUGACUUGAGGAAGGCCACCCAUGAUGAAGCAAUAAAUGUCCUGAGACAGACACCACAAAGAGUACGCCUGACGCUCUACAGAGAUGAGGCCCCGUACAAAGAGGAGGAUGUGUAUGACACCCUCACCAUUGAGUUGCAGAAGAAGCCAGGAAAAGGCCUGGGAUUAAGUAUUGUUGGUAAAAGAAAUGAUACUGGAGUAUUUGUGUCAGAUAUUGUCAAAGGAGGAAUUGCAGAUGCUGAUGGCAGACUGAUGCAGGGGGACCAGAUCCUGAUGGUGAAUGGAGAAGGUGUCCGUAAUGCCACCCAGGAAGCUGUGGCUGCUUUGCUGAAGUGUUCCCUAGGCACAGUAACCUUGGAAGUCGGAAGAAUCAAAGCUGGUCCAUUCCAUUCAGAGAGGAGGCCUUCUCAAAGCAGCCAGAUGAGUGAAGGCAGCCUGUCAUCAUUCACUUUUCCACUUUCGGGAUCCAGUACAUCUGAGUCACUGGAAAAUAGCUCAAAGAAGAAUGCGUUGGCAUCUGAAAUACAGGGAUUAAGAACAGUUGAAAUAAAAAAGGGGCCCACUGACUCACUGGGAAUCAGCAUUGCUGGAGGAGUGGGCAGCCCACUUGGUGAUGUUCCUAUAUUUAUUGCGAUGAUGCACCCGAAUGGAGUUGCAGCUCAGACCCAGAAACUCAGAGUUGGGGAUAGGAUUGUCACUAUCUGUGGCACAUCCACCGAGGGGAUGACUCAUACCCAAGCAGUUAACUUACUGAAGAAUGCCUCUGGCUCCAUUGAAAUGCAGGUGGUUGCUGGAGGAGAUGUGAGUGUGGUCACAGGCCUCCAGCAGGAGCCCCCCAAUUCUAGUCUUUCUUUCACUGGGCUGACAUCAAGCAGUAUAUUUCAGGAUGAUUUAGGACCUCCUCAGUGUAAGUCUAUUAUGCUAGACCGAGGGCCAGAUGGCUUAGGCUUCAGCAUAGUAGGAGGAUAUGGCAGCCCGCACGGAGACUUACCCAUUUAUGUUAAAACAGUGUUUGCGAAGGGAGCAGCCUCUGAAGAUGGGCGCCUAAAAAGGGGUGAUCAGAUCAUUGCUGUCAAUGGGCAGAGUCUAGAAGGCGUAACCCAUGAAGAAGCUGUUGCCAUCCUUAAGCGGACAAAAGGCGCUGUCACUUUGAUGGUUCUCUCCUGAGUCUGUUGCCGGAAUUGAGCCAACUCAACUGCUGACUCCCAUCCCACACUGUAAAGAGAAUGAAACUGGUCUUGUGGACGACUUUUCCCAUGCUGUGUGUAUCGGGCUCUUCAAAACUGUAGGGGAAAAAUACCACUUAAGUUUGUUUUUCUCAUAUGAAAAUGAUUUUCUUACAACGUACCAUCAUUUUUCAUUUCUCCUUGCAUUUUGUGAAUUUAAACUCAAAAAGAAGGAUGAUUUGCAUAGGUAAAUCCAGUCUUCGUGAAGAUAUCUGACAUUUUGUAGUCACGUGGGCAAAAAUUGUUAUGUGCUAAACUGGUUGGUAGAGAAAAAAAAUAAUUCGAAAGCUAAUCAAAGAGAAAUGGCUUCAUGAAAUUAGAGUGAAAAACGAAAACAUGAAGAAAAUCUUGAGUUUUAUAAAAAUGCUUCAUUUUGUCAAUCCGCCGCAUCUCCCCAUGUCUAACUAAAAAAAGAAAAACAUUUUUUCUAUUGAAAAAUCUUUAAAAAUACAGUCAGUAUUUAAAAAUUUUGAAUAUUGUAGAAAAUUGCAUCUCCUCACCUCCGAUGUACACAUAUAUAUUUUCCUCUUAAAAUGGGCUCCUAAGAUUGAGUAAAUGGCACAUAUAUGAAACAAUGUCCCUAGAUUUGUAAAGAAAACAUUUAAUGUGCAUCUUGAUGUUCAUUUUCAUUUUUGACCUGUUAUAAAAUAUUUUCAUGUUUCUGUAAGUAACAUGAUGAUGCUACCCUGUGUUGACUGUGGUUUCUCUAAAAAGCAACCAUGCUAACCAUGGAGGAAUAUAGAAGCUUACAGAAUAUUUAGUGCUGGUUUUAACUGAUGCAACACUAAGAAUGUGUUAGUGCACUAUGCAAUUGGUUUUCAAUUAGCAUUAAUCUUAAUGACAGAAAAAAGCAGUGUGUUAGUAAUUAUUUUGGUUGUAUGCCAUUAGUAAAUUGGUAGAAAAAUUAAGGGGAUUAACAUAACUUCAUUUCAUUGCCUUAUAUUAACAUCUUAUAAUACAAUAGUUUAAGACUAAGGGGAACAGAUGGAGCUGUUUAUUGAGACAACUGGUGAGGAAUUAUCAUGUGUUCAUUCCCAUUUUAGAGCGUGAAACUCCUACAUUAGAAUAUAUAAAGUCACUUUAAAUACUAUCUAUAUUUGUAACAGAAGUAGUGUACAGAUAUUUUAUUACAGCGCUUUUGUGUAAAUGCAGAAUUGAAGUGAAUAAAGAAGUUUCAUGGUGUACAAAUAAAGGAGCAGGCGUAUUUUUUUGUUCAUU